AUGCCUCCCAAGCGCAAGCUGCGUCAUGAUGUUUCCUCGAAAGAUGCCGACGAUGCUGAAAGCGGGCCAAAUAAGAUUGCCAGGCUUGUGCCUCGUACUCGUCAUGUUUCCGAAAAGACCGUAAAAUCAAAAUGGACCACUCUACCCGAACCAGUGCAAGACCGAAUCAAGGACCUUUUUCAGGCAGUGGAGUUUCCUGUGCUCACGAGACAGAGAGAAGGGAGGAAGAGAGUUGAGGCGCAGUCGGCGCUGAACGCUGUGAGGAAGAAUUUAGGAAAACGGCUGCCAAGGAUGCCGUUUCCCCCCGGAACGAAAGAGAAUAGUUUCAAUUACGAAUCUGCCUUGAACGAGAAUCGCUUACUUGAAAGCCAAUUAGCAACUAUGACCAGCUCCGCUACCCUCCUUCGCAGAGAGAUUAAACGAGAGGAAACAGAACUUGCAAGAGAGACCGCAAAAUUGGAGGAGCUCGAGAGGAAUGCCAAGGCUGCGAAGGCACAGAGCAAAAAGCAAUCGAAAAAUGUGCAUCCGGUCCUCCGACGUCUCGAACGGCUUCCCCCACAAAUAGAGGAUCCUGUGGAUUUCAUCGUGACCGGUGGCCAAGAUAAACCUGGGUUGUUAUGCGAUAUGGAUGCAGAUCCGGACGUCCUAUCUUUGGUGAAACAACUGCGGAAUCAUCUCGAAUCUAUGAAGACCAAUGCUAACCAAGUUGCUGGCAUUCGGGAGGCUAUUACACGGGCUCAAUCCGCGUUGAAUAUGCUUCCGUUGGGGUGA